GAUAUCUUAUGCCUGGAACAUUUCAAUCAAGUAUCAAUUUAGCAUUUACUCAUCUAAUCUACUAGAAAGUUCUACAAACAACUUAUAUUUUCUUCUUCUUUCUGCUGCAGUUUUUCUUUGAAUGCUUUUGUUCAUAAGGAUCUCAAUUUUUCUGUUCAAACUUCAAGAUUCUCUGGUUUUACCACUACAAUCACAUAAUUGAAUAAUCUUCGCUUUAUUUCUUCUUUAAUUUGUUAAAAAUGGCUAAAAAGUGGAGAGUGGUUAAGAGAAUUCUUGUUGAUUGCAAAUUGGUAACUAAACAAAGGUAUUUUUUGUAAUAUUAGAACCCAAAUUCAUCUCCUCCACAUGCAUUACUCAAAUAAAAGUAUUUCAUCCCCCAACCAAUCUAUUCAAUAGUUAUUGAGGCUCAAGAAAUGGACUUAUUGGACCAAUUGGUAACCCUACCAUCAAAAUAAUUUCAGUGAAAGCUAAACCACACUUCUUAUCCACCCAAUUUGAUAUCAAUUGUAAAGUGAAAUACACAAUACCAAUCUAAAAUGGAAGGAAAUCAAGAACCAGUGCGUUUUGGCAUCAUGGGAUGUGCAAGGAUAGCUAGAAAAAUAUGCAGAGCCAUUAAGCUAGCCCCAAACGCCACGCUCCACGCGAUUGCUAGUCGCUCGCUCCAAAAAGCAGAGGCAUUCGCAACCAAAAAUGGGUUAAAUGAGGCAAUUUCAGUCAAGAUUUAUGGUACAUACAUCGAGCUACUAGAUGACCCAGAUGUGGAUGCAGUUUAUAUGCCAUUACCCACUAGUCUACACGUCGAAUGGGCAGUUUUAGCAGCCUUUAAGAAGAAACAUUUGUUGCUUGAAAAGCCUACUGCCUUAGACUCAGCUCAGUUAGACCAAAUAUUGAAAGCUUGCGACAUUAAUGGAGUGCAGUUUAUGGAUGGGACUAUGUGGUAUCAUCACCCUAGAACUGCCAAAAUUCACCAGAUUAUCUCUGAUUCAACCAUUUUUGGACAUAUUUGCUCGGUUUGUUGUGCAUCAUCUUUUCUGGCAGACCCAGAGUUUUUAGACAGCAACAUAAGGAUUAAUCCAGAAUGUGAUGCACUUGGAGCAUUGGGUGACUUAGGUUGGUAUUGCAUUGGACUUAUCUUAUGGGUAGUUAACUAUAAAAUGCCCACUUAUGUUACAGCAUUACCUGAAGCUACCCUUAAUUCAAAGGGAGUCAUUUUGGGUUGCAAUGCAUCUUUUCACUGGGAGGAAGAACCCAAGACAAAUGCAACCUUCUAUCGUUCCUUUCUUUCUCAUGUGUCCAUGGACUUGACCGUGUGCGGUUCAAAUGGGUCUGUUCGUUUACAUGAUCAAGCGAUUCCAUAUCAAGAAAGUUCGGCUUCGUUCUUCCUCACUACUGGGGUGAAGUGUGUCGAUGUUCAGACCGAGGGAAGUGUUGAACCGGUGGAAGUUGUAGUUGAGUCUCAACUUCCUCAAGAAGGUCUUAUGGUUCAAGAAUUUGCUCGGCUUGUAAAAGGAGUAAAGAAUAGUGAAAGGUGGUGUGAUAGAAGGUGGGGUGAGAUAAGUAGAAAGACUCAGUUAGGUUUAGAUGCAGUUAGGCAAUCUAUUGAACUUGGUUUUAAACCUGUGUUUAUGCAGCAAGAUUAGCAUCAGCAAAGGGGGAAAUUUGUUUGAUAAAACAUCAAGUUAGAUCUUUCUAUUUGGUUGCUUGGGCCAAUUAUUAGUUUUGACAAUCAUAAUUUACAAAUAAUGUUUAUCCAACUAUUUUAUA